AGGACCAGCUUUGCCGCUCGCACCGCUGCCGCGACCAGGUGGCGCACGUGACCGCCGGCGACGUGCGGUACGUCUUCGACAAGAACGGCAUCAAGUGGAAGUGCGUCAACCGCAGGCAGAUCCCAGCAGAGGGUGGUAAAGAUUGGGCGUGCACGGAGCUGCAGUGCCAGACGGGGGUGCACGGCACGCUGAAGCACUCGUUCCACUGGGACUACGACUGCGACCCUCCAGCGAUGGUCUCCACCGUGGACGCCGCGGAGGUGGAAGAUGCGCCCAGGAGGGCGGAAGGCUACGAGAAGGUCG